CCCGCCCCCUCCGGGCCGUCCUCCUUUUCCCCGGGUCCGUGAUGGUAUCUCUCGGUCUUUCUCCCCGUGUCCCCCGCCGCUUUCGGCCCUCUCGGCUGCUGCUGGCCGCCCUCCUCGCUUCCCUGGGUAGCCGGGGCUCCGGAUAUUUCCCGGAGGAGCGUUGGACCGAGGAGUCCCGGCUGCUCCGGCCCCGGGUCCAGAUCAGCAUCAUCGCCCGGAACAGCGCGCACAGUCUGCCCGCUUUCCUCGGCCGCGUCGAGCGGCUCUCGUACCCCAAGGACAGGCUGUGUCUGUGGGUAGCGACAGACCACAAUGUGGAUAACACCACGGCGAUACUAAGGGAAUGGCUGGUGAACGUACAGGGACUGUACCAUUCUGUUGAAUGGAGACCUAUGGAUGAGCCCAAAUCCUACUUUGAUGAAAUGGGGCCUAAGCAUUGGUCUGACUCUCGCUAUGAGCAUGUGAUGAAGCUGAGGCAAGCAGCACUGAAUGCAGCCAGGGAUCGAUGGGCUGAUUAUGUUUUGUUUAUUGAUGCAGACAACUUCCUGAUCAACCCUGACACCUUAAACCUCCUCAUAGCAGAGAACAAAACAGUUGUGGCUCCCAUGUUGGACUCGCGCUCUGCAUAUUCCAAUUUCUGGUGUGGAAUGACUGCCGAGGGUUAUUACAAACGGACCCCGGCCUACGUGCCCGUACGGAAACGGGACCGGCUGGGCUGCUUCCCAGUCGUCAUGGUCCACUCCACGAUGCUGAUCGACCUUCGUAAAGAGGCCUCCAAGCAACUGGCAUUUUACCCUCCACACCCAGACUACACGUGGUCAUUCGACGACAUCAUUGUCUUUGCUUUCUCAUGUCGACAAGCAGAGGUGCAGAUGUAUAUCUGUAAUAAAGAGCAGUAUGGGUUCCUGCAGGUGCCACUGAAAUCGACCAGCACAAUGCAGGAUGAGGUGGAUAGCUUCAUUCACGUCCAUUUGGAGGUUAUGGUGAACCACGCUCCCAUGGAGCCUUCCAGAUACCUGUCUGUGUCACCAAAGUAUCCGGCUAAGAUGGGCUUCGAUGAGAUUUUUCUGAUCAACUUGAAGCGCCGCCCAGAUAGGAGAAUGCGAAUGCUUGAUUCUCUAUAUGAGCAGGAGAUUGCAUGCAAAGUGAUUGAUGCUGUUGAUGGAAGAGCCUUCAACAGCACCCAGAUAAAGGCCCUUGGCAUCACCAUGCUGCCAGAUUAUAAAGACCCUUACUCGGGCCGACCCUUGACCAAGGGGGAGAUGGGCUGUUUUCUCAGUCACUACAAUGUCUGGAAUGAGAUAGUUGAACGAGGAUUGCAGACCUCUGUGGUCUUUGAAGAUGAUCUACGGUUCGAGAUCUUCUUCAAGCGAAGACUGAAAUAUUUGAUGAAGGAAGUGGAGAAGGCUGCACUCGACUGGGAUCUGAUCUACAUUGGCCGAAAGCGGAUGCAAGUGGAUCACCCGGAGAAGCCGGUGCCUGGGGUCCGGAAUCUGGUGGAGGCAGAUUACUCCUAUUGGACUCUGGGUUACGUCCUCUCGCUGCAAGGGGCACAGAAGCUCAUCGAUGCCAAGCCAUUCAACAAGAUGUUACCUGUGGAUGAAUUUCUGCCUGUGAUGUAUGACAAGCACCCAGUGUCAGAGUACAUGGAUCACUUUGAGAACCGUGACCUGAGGGCUUUCUCCGUGGAGCCGCUCCUUAUCUACCCCACGCAUUACACAGGUGACCCAGGCUACGUGAGCGACACGGAGACCUCCACGGUCUGGGACAACGAGAACCUGAAGACGGACUGGGACCGUGCCAAGUCGCAGAAGACCAAGGAGCAGGCAAAAAUCCGGGAAGCGGCACAGAAUCUGGACGUGUCACACUCUCCCAUUGACUCAGCCUCUAGAGACGAGCUGUGACUCACUGGUUUGUAGCAGUUUUCAAUGACAGAUUGUGGGCGGGGUGUCUGAAAUAAACGGAGACGGGGAUGUGACCCGUGCUUGAAUGAGUUAAAAUGACUUUUGGACCCCAGCUGCACUCAGUACUGUCCCUCACUGGUUUUCAGGGUGACUGGGGCUGAGCGGUCGUGCUGACUAACUGUUAACUGUUGAUUAACUUUGCAACGUGCCUCAAUGUAUAUUAAUAGUUAGUACUACACCAUCCACCUCAAAAGGAUUGAAUACCUCACAGGGGCCACAGCUACGAGUGAGUUGCAUGUUUCCGUGUGCUGUAAUUUAGCAGGGUAGGUCUGCAACGUGGGCAGCAACAUCGUUUGUGUCAACAGCCUUUCGUACACUCGGCCAAGUAUUCAGUUGUGUUAAGGGAUAUCAAGCAGGGACUGUAUCAUGGCCAUCUGGCUCAAUACCACCCACUUUGUGCUGCUGUCCUUAAGGUGUGUUUCUACUCUGCUGUCUUGAUAUUCUGUUUAUACUCCAAAUUUAAUGCAAUAUCAUAAAAUGUAGUUUUUGUUACAGUUAUUUCACCUUUAAUCUUGUCAUUUGCAGGUGGAUCUUCCUCUCCCUGAAUUUGACCUUUGGGUUUUUGCUCCUCACGCUUUUGUAAUUGCCUAGAGAUCCCAUUGUCCCCUAUGAAAGCCUUGAGAGUAACAUGUCAGCUUACUGUAGCCCCAGGAGCAGGCAUUCUGGGGAAUGUGUUGGUGAGGUCAUUAGCCAAAUCUCUUGUUCUUUUAAACCACCACCUUCACCACCGUAGGCUUGGCUCCAUUGUGGAGAAACUCACAUGAAGGUUUUGUAUGAACGUGAACUCAGUGGCCUGAUGCUGCGAUUAUGGCCUAAAAUAAAUGGAAGUGAGGUGCCAAUCAGCUAUUGCCUACUUUACUGAUGACGUAACAGAUCUGAGGGCCUGAUGGUUUCCUCCAGUUCCUUGGAGAUGACGAGGAACCCAGUCCUGAUGAAGGGUCCCGACCUGAAACGUUGACUUUCCUGCUCCUCUGCUGCCUGACCUGCUGCGUUCCUCCAGCUCCACAUCUUGUUGACUCCUCCAGUUGCUGUGUUCUCCAGACUUGGGUUAUCAGCAUGGUUAGUACUUAUAAUGGAUAGAAAUGCAGAGAAUGCCCUUAACAUUGUUUAUAAACUGGGAUUAGGCCCUGCUCAAAGAGCUUGGAUUCCACUUUGGUUUUCAGGUUCAUUUUUUUGUAUUCUGGGCGAGAAUAGAGAAAAUGUAUAACAAAAAUGCAGAGAGUUGGUUGAAUCCUAGCCCAUUCAGUAUUUUACACUUCUAAAGUCGAAACCGCUACUGGAGUGUUGUGUAGCCAACGGGUAGCUGCAUAUCAUUUCAACAACAGUGUCUGCUACAUCUAUUAUAAAUCUCUUGGAUUUGUAUCAGAUCGAGAUGCCAAGACUUUCAGAUUCCUGGAUCCAACUGCUAUUUAAAUUUAAUGCACUUCCUCGUCGCUAUGGGGAUAACAGAUGGCCAGAGCAUUAGUCAGUUUUACAUCUGUUCCUCUUUUUCCGCCCAUCCCGAAUCUCCUAAAUUAAGCAUUUUCUUUUCCACGGGAACAGUCUAGACUAUAGGCCCACAAUUAGUCAGCCGUUGUGUCUUGGAAAGAUUGACAGUCUCAAUCUAUGUAAGACACUACACGCUGCUUGUAUAUGACAAGUUACUGCCAGUUCGGGGAACGUUCCAUUACCCCAGACCUGAAAGAUCUCUCUGGGUCAUUUAGCUAGUCAUAAAGGUCAGGAAACCCAUUCCACACUUUUGCUCUCUUGUACUCCUCAUUACCUUUUGUAGCCGCGUAGCUCAUUUCUGAAUUUUCUGUUGAGAUCUUCCUUCCUUCCUUCCUUCCUUCCUUCCUUCCUUCCUUCCUUCCUUCCUUCCCACCCCCACCACCCCCCCAAUUUUGAUCUAUCCUUUAUAUUUGCUUUGUACAGUGUGAAGCAGUUUAAUCCCAACUGUUUGUUUAUCUUUUAUCGCCCUCUAGUCAAUUGCAAAGCUUUAGUGUUAUAUUCCAUCUCGUCUGGAUCGUUGGAACAGUGCUUCCUGAGCCGCUUCCCACUGUGACCCCAUUCCCAGACUUGAAAAUUGUCUUGGUGCCCUCAGUGAAAACUGGGAGAGCAACAGCCCAUUAGAGCAGCAGCCCAGCUUGGUCCACGGAGACAGUUAGAAUCUUGGUUGUUUGCUGCUCCAACAUUUUAACUCUUAGCCCUACUCAGGGCCCCAAGCCCCACUUUGGGAAGCCCUGCCUUUAGACUCACCCCCAAGUUUUCCCUCCGUGUAACCCAGCGGUACCUGCUGAAGUCAGAGUGGGGACUGAAUCCAAAACCUUCCGUCUCCAGUACGAAAGCCUGAUCAACUGAACCAACGGUGAAGUCAUUUGAGAUAAUGGACAAAGUUUAACAUUUAGAAUUUCCACAGGACAUUCCAUGGUUGAAGAUGAUCUACUAAAACUCCCAUUGUUAUGAUGGACUAUGGAUUACAUUGGAUUAAAUGGUACAGAAAUAGGCCAUUUGGCCCAACCAGCCCAUGCUGAGAGAGUUCCUGUGGAAGUUCACCUUCCUGACCCAUGAGCACAGCUGCAAUCGAUCUUUGGUGCAAAACUAAACAGUACAAGAUGCUGAUAUAGUGUUCGAACUCGGGCACCUGAUGAAAUAAAAACAGAAGUUGCUGGAAAAGCUGAGCAGGUCUGGCAGCAUCUCUGAAGAAAAAUUGGCUAACGUUUUGGGUCCGGUGACCCUUCCUCAGAACGUUAACUCUGAUUUUUCUUCACAGUUGCUGCCAGACCUGCUGAGCUUUUCCAGCAGCUCCUGCUUUUCCCGAUUUAUUGCAUCUGCUGUCCUUUUGGUUUUUACCUGAUGGAAUAACUCCGGAAGUUCCAGAAAUGGGUCUUUAUCAAGUCAGAUGGAGCCUUGCUGCCCCCUAAUCUUCCUCCCGCACGUAUAAAACCUAGAGGUCUGCACUUCACCAUGUGAGCCGAGCUGUACUGACAGGUAUUCGUGGUCACCUCCCUGCUAUCCAACCCUCGGGGAACCCAGCACAGAAUGUAUUGGAAGAGUGCUGGGAAGCAGCAGUACUCUGCGCUGACAUUACGAAAGAGAACCGGAACCAGCAACCUUCGUCCAUUCCCUUCACCUUCUCAGACUUGACCACGCACACAGUGAGAUGAAGCAAGGCCCUUGUUGAAGACGUGGUAUUUUGAUCUGAGUCGUGGGGUUUUAUUUCACUUUUCCAUGCUCAGCCUCCAUUGCAGGAAUGCCGUGUAUCUCUAACUCUGACUAGACGUGGUAUUUUGAGGUGCGUUCAAAACAGCAGUGUGUGGUUUGGAAAGCCUUGUUGCAUUCGUUAGGUGCCCUGGAUCUUUUUCAACAUCUCUUGUUGUAGAACACAUGUUUACAGUUGACUUUAAUCUCCCUGUUUUUACCCACUUGUACAUUUUUGUCCACCUCACUCUAACCUCUGAGCUCCUCCUUCUGAUUCCUCUGGCCCUUCCGUUUUGGUGCUGCAAACCUGACUUAAGCUGUGUUGGGUUUAUGAGUAUUGAUUGUAAUCAGAAACUCUGGUGCUCCCAGCCUGGGUCAUUCCACUCUCAUUAGCUCGCCCACACUGACGUUCUUCCUUUUUUCUUUUGAGUCCUCUGCCCAAAGACAAGUCUACUAGAAGGAUACAGAUCCUGAAUCUACCCCGAGUGGAACAGAGAUCAAACCCCGUGCCAUUGGCAUCAUUCAAAUCUACAAAGGCUGUCAAUCAACUGAACCAAACCUGUCCUACGUGGCCGGGCAACUGAGUUGUAGGAUGGUAGAAUGAUGGUGGUGCUCCAAAUUCUCUGCUGCCAAGAAAUCUCUCCUGCCCUUACUGCCUUCGGCGUGUGCCUGAAGAAUUUUCAGUUUAAUAAUCCACCUGUUUAGCCAUGUCAUGAGCUCCCCUUGCUUCGCUGUCAACCCCUGCUCACUCUAACCUUGGCGGCAGGGACACACUCAACUGCGACACCAGACCUCCUCCUCUGGUAGCACUUUUCCAAUUAAAGUGCCUGUUGCUUCCUACUGUACAACAAUGGGACUACAGCCCAGCAAGGGUCAGUACUUUCAAUAGAGGAAGGGUGGGGGAGAACUGAGGAGUGACACUUCCUACAGCUGUCUUCCUGGACUGAGUCCACCAGUGCCUUUCCAAAUCAACUCCCCUGCUCCCUGUUAUCCUCCCAUUCUGUAAUUUGAUAAAAGUUAAUCAUGGAUCAGCAUUGAUGAUAUAAUAUCAAUGACCUGUCUGAGGUUUCUAACUACCUGAUGUUUAGUUGCAGCCAAUUGUACAAUAGAGAAUUUUCAAAAAUAUUUUCUUGCACGUGGAAAAAGGAAAGGUUUUCUAUAAAAUGGACAAGGCUGCCAGAGAUGAACACUAGGUCUGACUGUGUGAUGGCGGAUUUACCCCGACACUACCAGUAUCCUAGCAAUGCCUAGGAAAUUUUCACGUUAUUUAAUAUUUCACAAUUUACGUUUAUAAAUAUGUUUACUUUGCAAUUUACAAUAAAGGUUUUAUACAAAC